UUUGGAGAAUGAAAAUUCGCAAGUCGUCAAUACUGGUAACGAGUGCAAAACCUGGGCGUAGUAACCAGCCGUCCAUUGAACAAUUCAUUGGGAGCAGACGAUCGAACGAUUUAGACGUUUCACUCAGCCGUCCGCAAAACAACUCAACAUGCCCAAGUGUCCUAGUUGUCAGAAGGAAGUAUAUUUCGCCGAGAAGGUGACUUCCCUCGGAAAAGACUGGCACAGACCUUGCCUAAAAUGUGAAAAAUGCAGUAAGACUCUAACUCCAGGCAGCCAUGCGGAGCAUGAGGGAAAGCCGUAUUGCAACAAGCCGUGCUACGCAGCGCUCUUUGGCCCCGGAGGAUUCGGCCACGGUGGUACCGAAUCUCAUAAAUAUUACAAACUUAACAUGCCGAAGUGUCCUAACUGUCAAAAGGAAGUAUACUUUGCGGAGAAGGUGUCCUCUCUGGGAAAAGACUGGCACAGACCUUGCCUUAAAUGUGCAAAAUGUGGCAAGACUCUAUCUCCAGGCGGCCAUAGUGAGCAUGAGGGAAAGCCAUAUUGCAACCAGCCGUGCUACGCAGCGCUCUUUGGCCCCGGAGGAUUCGGCCACGGUGGUACCGAAUCUUAUAAAUAUUAGAUUCCACCUCAGCCAGCGUAACGCGUUGUCCUUUUCAAGUAGCGGGCUACGUACACAACAAAAUAGACCAGAAAUUCGGCGGGAUGUUUCAAGAUCGACUCGUCCAACAAUCUGCUUGUGCUUGGAUGCAAAACAGCAAUCGACUAUUAUAAUAAGUGCCUGCUCAUCAUAAUACGUGACUGAAUUCGAGACAACAGUCUGCUUAUCAAGUGACUGAAUACAAAACAACAGUCUGCUCAUCGAGUAACUAUUGAAAUACAAGACAACAAUCCGCUCAUUAAGUGACUGAAUGCACAACAAGAAUCUGCUCAUCGAGUAACUAUUGAAAUACAAGACAACAAUCCGCUCAUUAAGUGACUGAAUGCACAACAAGAAUCUGCUCAUCGAGUAACUAUUGAAAUACAAGACAACAAUCCGCUCAUUAAGUGACUGAAUGCACAACAAGAAUCUGCUCAUCGAGUAACUAUUGAAAUACAAGACAACAAUCCGCUCAUUAAGUGACUGAAUGCACAACAAGAAUCUGCUCAUCGAGUAACUAUUGAAAUACAAGACAACAAUCCGCUCAUUAAGUGACUGAAUGCACAACAAGAAUCUGCUCAUCGAGUAACUAUUGAAAUACAAGACAACAAUCCGCUCAUUAAGUGACUGAAUGCACAACAAGAAUCUGCUCAUCGAGUAACUAUUGAAAUACAAGACAACAAUCCGCUCAUUAAGUGACUGAAUGCACAACAAGAAUCUGCUCAUCGAGUAACUAUUGAAAUACAAGACAACAAUCCGCUCAUUAAGUGACUGAAUGCACAACAAGAAUCUGCUCAUCGAGUAACUAUUGAAAUACAAGACAACAAUCCGCUCAUUAAGUGACUGAAUGCACAACAAGAAUCUGCUCAUCGAGUAACUAUUGAAAUACAAGACAACAAUCCGCUCAUUAAGUGACUGAAUGCACAACAAGAAUCUGCUCAUCGAGUAACUAUUGAAAUACAAGACAACAAUCCGCUCAUUAAGUGACUGAAUGCACAACAAGAAUCUGCUCAUCGAGUAACUAUUGAAAUACAAGACAACAAUCCGCUCAUUAAGUGACUGAAUGCACAACAAGAAUCUUCUCAUCGAGUAACUAUUGAAAUACAAGACAACAAUCCGCUCAUUAAGUGACUGAAUGCAAAACAAGAAUCUUCUCAUCGAGUAACUAUUGAAAUACAAGACAACAAUCCGCUCAUAGUGACUGAAUGCAAAACAAGAAUCUGCUCAUCGAGUAACUAUUGAAAUACAAGACAACAAUCCGCUCAUUUAGUGACUGAAUGCAAAACAAGAAUCUUCUCAUCACAUGUAUUAUGCGGGCCUCGAUGCACCCUUUGUGCGUUAGCGAUGGUAUUUAUGUAAUGAACACAAAUUCUCCUAAAUGCAACCAAGACAGACAUCCUCUGUCACACCUAUACCUCCACUAAUACAUUCAUUGCAAACUCGAUAAUAAACUUUCAGUGUCGUUUCGUGGUUUA